GAAAAUUUAAAAGGCAAGAUGCAGUUUGUGAUGCCAAAGAAGUUCAACCUUCUCAAGAAGAAAAUGAACAUUUUGAAAAUAUCGGCUUUGAAGAUAACAUCAAUAAUAAUGAUACCUCAAAAGAGGAUCCAAUCACCUUUGAAGAGGUAAAUAUUCCAGAUAAAGAUAGAAACGUCGAUAAUUUCGAAAUUUCAAUCAAUUACGUUUCUAAUGGAAUAUAAUGGAAUAGAAAAGAUAUUGAUGUUAAUGAUAUAUUUUCAUAUGCCAUUGCCACAGAUAUAAUGAAUGAAAACGAUGACAAUGAGCCUAAAUCUAUUGACGAACGUCGUCGUAGAAACGAUUGGCCAAAAUGGAAUGAAGCGAUUCAGGUAGAAGUAAAAUCGCUAGAAAAGCGUAAUGUUUUUGGACCAAUUGUCCACACGCCAAAAAGCGUAAAACCUGUAGGUUUUAAAUGGGUGUUUGUGCGUAAACGCAACGAGAAAAAUGAAAUCGUUAGAUACAAAGCCCGACUUGUUGCCCAAGGUUUUUCUCAAAUGCCAGGAAUCGAUUAUGAUGAGACGUAUUCUCCAGUAGUUGAUGCUACUACUUUACGAUUUUUAAUUGGCAUGUCUGUUUUUGAAAGACUGCAAAUGCG